GAAAAGCCAUCUUUGCAUUGUUCCUGUCUCCGGCUUCCCCGAUCGCCGCAGCCACCUCCGCCGCGCGCCAUCUCCGCCGCCGCGGACUCCGGCAGCUUUACCGCCAGAGUCCUCGAACUCCCGCUUUUCUUCUCAGUCCGUUGCAUCGGAUCACCGGAGUGCCCCAUCAUGUCAGACGCGGCCGUGGACACCAGCUCCGAGAUCACCACCAAGGACUUAAAGGAGAAGAAGGAAGUUGUGGAGGAGGCGGAGAAUGGGAGAGAGGCACCUGCCAAUGGGAAUGCUGAGAAUGAGGAAAAUGGGGAGCAGGAGGCUGACAACGAGGUAGACGAAGAAGAGGAGGAAGGUGGGGAGGAAGAGGAGGAGGAGGAGGAAGGUGAUGGUGAGGAAGAGGACGGAGAUGAAGAUGAGGAGGCUGAGGCAGCUACGGGCAAACGGGCAGCUGAAGAUGACGAGGAUGACGAUGUGGAUACCAAGAAGCAGAAGACUGAUGAGGAUGACUAGACAGCAAAAAAGGAAAGUUAAACUUAAAAAAAAAAAAAGGCCGCCGUGACCUAUUCACCCUCCACUUCCCGUCUCAGAAUCUAAACGUGGUCACCUUCGAGUAGAGAGUCCCGCCCGCCCCUGGCGGGCAGCGCCACCCACAGACGACAGCGCUCUCCACCACCCAACCAAAACCACAACGUGAAUUUGCAACAGGGGAGGAAAAAAGAAAGAACCAAAACUUCCAAGGCCCUGCUUUUUUUCUUAAAGUACUUUAAAAAGGAAAAUUUGUUUGUAUUUUUUAUUUACAUUUUAUAUUUUUGUACAUAUUGUUAGGGGUCAGCCAUUUUUAAUGAUCUCGGAUGACCAAACCAGCCUUCGGAGCGUUCUCUGUCCUACUCUGACUUUACUUGUGGUGUGACCAUGUUCAUUAUAAUCUCAAAGGAGAAAAAAAACCUUGUAAAAAAAGCAAAAACAACAACAAAAAAAAACAAUCUUAUUCCGAGCAUUCCAGUAACUUUUUUUGUGUAUGUACUUAGCUGUACUAUAAGUAGUUGGUUUGUAUGAGAUGGUUAAAAAGGCCAAAGAUAAAAGGUUUCUUUUUUUUCCUUUUUUUGUCUAUGAAGUUGCUGUUUAUUUUUUUGGCCUGUUUGAUGUAUGUGUGAAACAAUGUUGUCCAACAAUAAACCGGAAUUUUAUUUUGCUGAGUUGUUCUAACAAA